AAACCAUGUGCUUAAUUUUAAAAAUUUGCCUAGUUUCACUGAUACUUCCAGGGGCUCUUUUUGAAAUUUUGACUGAUCAAGCCAUGUCUAUAGCUGGAAUGAAAAGUCUAGUAGAUAUGGAGGGUUUAUUCAUAAGCGAGUUAACAAACUAUGCAAACGCCCUUAAGGACAAAAUCGAUACUAUAGAAAGUUUUCUACAAAAUGUACAAUCCAAACGAGAAAUUUCUCGGAAAAACCCACAGAAGUUCGUUGCUCAUCCACUCAACGGAUUUUCCCUGAUUCGACGAUUGCAUGAAGAUUGGACUAACACAGAGUUAUUAAUGUCCAAACAAGUGGGUUUGAGCAACCUAGAAGCCAUUAAAAAAGGUUUGGACGAAGCACAACCCACCGAGCAAGAUCUGGAUGAUGCCAUCAGGGGAGUCUUCUCACUGCACCGAUUUUAUAAUCUACAACCAGUUGACAUAGCCAAUGGAGUUCUGGGAGGACAAAAGUAUAAUGCCAAAAUGAGUACCCUUGAUUGCCAGGUUUUGGCUAACUCCUUAGUUAACUCUAAUAGGGAAAGGAUUGCUUUAGAUUGGUAUAAAACUGCAGUAGAUCACUACGAUGAAGAGCGAGAUGGACAAGUCUACAGGGAGGUAUUCAACUUUACGCUGGCUGAUUUAUACACAAAUUACACAGAAACUUUGGUAGCGAAGGGUUUCAUUUCUGCCGCCUUGAAUAUUCUUCGAAACGUAUCUGAUUUGGAUGCUGAUCUCUGGUCACUUCACAGAAAAAUCUAUGAAUAUGCUAAAGCUGAUAUUCCGGAUACUUUUUUUGUCACUGAACCAUGGGUCGGCCACAUUGGUUGUCAAGGAUUAUGGGAGCGCAGAAAAUAUUUUAGUUGUUUCUAUGAAAGCGGAAGGACAGCGUUUUUAAGGAUUGCCCCACUUAAGGUCGAAAUUCUCAGCUUAGAUCCCUACAUUGCAAUCUAUCAUGAUGUAAUCUACGACAGUGAGAUCUCAAGGAUGAAAAAUAUUUCACUCCCUCUACUAAAUGGUCCUUUGCGAUUCAUAUAUAGUGAUGAUUAUAACCUAAAGUUUGCUAAGCUCAAUGAGGAGCACCAAAGUGCGCUAAAUCAGCGCGUAACGGACAUCACUGGAGAGAACGAAAAAGGGAAUAGCGACUUUAUGAUAUACAACUAUGGUAUUUGUGGGUUUAGAGACUCCCAUGUUGACAACUUAGAACUAGAGGAUCAAACGGCAGAAUUAGGCGACCGCCUUACAAGUAUAAUGUUUUUUUUGAGCGACGUGGCCCAAGGUGGUGCCACUGUUUUUCCUUAUGCAAAUAUCACAAUCUGGCCCCAAAAAGGCAGUGCUGUGGUGUGGCGAAAUCUGAAUCAUGCCAUGCAGCCUAACGAAGAUACUUUCCACAUGUCAUGCCCGGUUAUUGUGGGCUCUAAAUGGACCCUCGUCAAAUGGUUACACCAAAAUCCUCAAAUGUUUUCCAGACCUUGCGAAAAAGAGUAUACAAAAUUCAACUUAUGAAUUUCACUUGAACGAGACACUUGAAUUAAGCGUGAAAUUAAAAGCGUUAAAUAAAUAAUUUCAUGAAAAUUUAA